ACCGCAGGUUUGCGGACGUGGCGGCGGCUCACGGCCCGGAAGGCAAAGGCGUUGGCGGCGGCGUUGGUGGUGGUGGUAACGGACAGAGACAGCCGGAAACGGAGGCUCGGCCAUGAACUUGCCGGGGACAUCAUCGGUGGCGGCAGACCUGGGAGCUGUCUCCUUGCUGCGCGCCCCCUGCUAAGGGGACAGCAUGGAGGCUUGUUCAGAAGAGGGGAUGCCUGGCUUUUUCCUGCCCUAAGAGAACUGAGAGGCGAAAAGAAUCGAGCCAGAUUUUAACACGAUGGCAGGAAGGCAUCAGAAUCGUAGUUUUCCUCUUCCAGGAGUUCAGUCGAGUGGUCAAAUACAUGCAUUUGGAAAUUGUACAGACAGUGAUACAUUGGAGGAGGAUGCUGAAGUGUAUGAGCUUCGAUCCAGAGGAAAAGAGAAAGUCCGAAGAAGUACAUCAAGAGAUAGACUUGAUGACAUUAUAGUAUUAACAAAAGAUAUACAAGAAGGAGAUACUUUAAAUGCAAUAGCCCUUCAGUACUGUUGUACGGUAGCAGAUAUCAAGAGGGUUAACAAUCUCAUCAGCGAUCAAGACUUUUUUGCCCUUAGGUCUAUCAAAAUUCCAGUAAAAAAGUUUAGUUCCUUGACUGAAACACUUUGUCCUCCAAAAGGAAGACAGGCUUCACGUCAUUCAUCUGUUCAGUACUCUACAGAACAACAGGAAAUUUCGUCAGCUAACGAUUCUCUUUCUUCCACUGAGUCAGCUGGUAGCUUUUUAAAAGAAGUAGACCGAGACAUAGAACAAAUAGUAAAGUGUACAGACAACAAGAGAGAGAACCUUAAUGAGGUAGUAUCUGCUUUAACAGCACAACAAAUACGUUUUGAACCUGAUAACAAAAACACUCAACGUAAGGAUCCCUAUUAUGGAGCAGACUGGGGAAUAGGGUGGUGGACAGCUGUAGUGAUAAUGUUGAUAGUAGGUAUAAUAACGCCAGUGUUUUAUUUGCUGUAUUAUGAAAUUUUAGCUAGAGUUGAUGUUAGUCACCAUUCAACAGUGGACUCUUCACAUUUGCAUUCAGGAAUCACACCCCCAUCACAGCAGAGAGAAAUGGAAAAUGGAAUCGCUCCAACUAAAGGGAUACACUUUGGCCAACAAGAUGAUCAUAAGCUGCAUAGUCAAGAUUCUCAAUCACCUGCUCCUCAACACAAAACAUAGCAAUUAACUCAUGAUCACAGUGUUAGUGAUCACAUGUGUAUCUGGAAUGUGGUGAAUCAGUUAUAUUCAAUAACCACUUCAAAGGCAGAAUUUAGGGAGAUUGAAGAUGCUUUUUUACCUUUUGAAAAGUUUGAGCCAUUUACAGGUGGAUUGUGUAUAAAAUCUCUACAGUUCUGGUUGUUGAUGUUGAGAGCAGUCAUUCCAUAAAUCUGGUGUAUCAGUGCUUAAAGCAGAAAUGAAUUUAAAUGUGUGCUUAGGAAGUUCUUGGAAGAUGUGUCAUUUUUCUUACUCAAGACUUAGUUAUAUUUAAAUUUUAUUUUUUUAAGCAUUUUUAGUUUAAGGUUAUUAAUAUUAAAUUUAUGAAGCAGGAUGAUAGUAUCAGAUGUCUACAACUGAAAAAAAUUUACUACUGUGAACCACCAAAAUAUUUAGUUGCAAAAAAAUUUGAUUGUAAAAUUAUUUAUGAUAGCACAUACUUAACACACCAUUUUGAAACCUUAAAAACACAUGUAGCACGUGCUAUGAAAGCCUAAGUAGAAACAGAAAUUGGAACAUAAUGUAUAAUUUCUGUAACAGAGGCUAAGAAAUAGAUUGUUUUAAGCCCCCAAAAUAAUGUGUUAUGGUUGGGAAAUUGCCAUCUAGUCAUUAGAACACCGGAGUAGGUCAAGACCUAAAGGUAAUUUUUGUCUCUUAAAGAGUGCUUUCUUUAAGAUAGACCCUUUUUUAACCUCACCUCUGCUUCUGUUUUUAAAGCGAUUAUAUUUGCCUCUGAUAUUUGAAAGCACUUUUGCAGUUUGAUAAAAAGUGUUAUACAUGUACAGAUUAGCAUUAUUUAGGAAAUAAUUCCUUACAUACUGUGAUAAAUCCUUGCUGUGUUACAUACAGUAACAUGCCUUAAUUAUAUUCAAUGCCUUAUAUUACUUUUUGUAAGUAAAUAUAAGUUUUGAAAUUAAAAUUCCACAUUAUUUCAGAUGGCCCAAUCGGAUUCAUUACAUAGGCUAUAUAAAUUCAUCUUCACUAUCAAGCACAAGUUAAUUGGGUCAAAAGAAAUCUUUAUUGUCUGCUUCUGAGGUCUGUUGAAGAAAAUGGUUCAUUAAGCAAAAACAAGAGAGGCCUUUUGCAUUAGCCAUAGCAGACAAAUUGCUUUAUUUAUUGAUGCCUUAACCUCUGUUUUUCAGAGAGUAUGUCCACCUUAGACUUCUUUUUUUCCCUGUUAAUAGCAUCAAAUUGGGGAACAGAGGCCAAGAGGGUGUGGAUUGGUUGAAAGGUCUUGAUAGCACCACUUUUUAAGAUCUGCUAUGAAUCAGCCAUGCUCUGGCUAAAUAAGAAGCAUUUGCAUACUGAUUCCAUUGUUUAAUUUUUAAAAGUACGUGUUUUUAAAAUGUAACCAAAGUGAUUCAAUAGAAAUGAGAUUUGGUGGAGUCUGGAUUGCCUGUUUUGUAUAUAAUAAAGUAUAUACCUUAAGAUAUAUAAUACCACCUCAUUUUCUGGGCAUUAUUUCCUAAUUUUUAAUGUUUCAGCCUUUUAAUCAGUCAUUUUAUAUUUCAAGUUCCAAUCUUGAUACAAAGUGGUGUGAAUAAAUAUUUAUGAUAAAUGGGGUUUUAUGUACUUUGAGGAGAAAAGCAUUAUUCAAAGGACAAAGAAGUCAAACGUUAAAGUCCUUGAAUGUAUGAGAGGACCUUAGACAAUUACCACAAAAUGUUUAAUAGGGAAGUUGCAAUUUGGUUCUUUUAGUAAAUUUCUUAAACAUUUAAAAAUUUAUUUUAAUGGGCCUAGGGCAUCUUGAAAAGUGUAUGAUGUAACUUAGGCUCAGUGUUAACUGGUCACUUUACAUUGUAUUUAUUAAGCCUACUGAAAAUCAAGUUUCAAGGAGGAAAAUACAGACUUAUUUUAGGGUAGAACAGGCUAGGUUUCCUUUGAAGAAAUUUGUUUACAUCAAAUUGAUGAAAUUACAGUCAGUGAUUCCUUUUUCUAGUUGAACUUUGAAAUUGAAAUGGAGGUUUCUGAUUUCCAAAGUAGGUAACUUAAUUUUUAAAGUAAUGAGACGUACUGUGUACUUGCUGAUUAAAAAUCAUUUCUGUAUUGCACAGAGUAUCCUUUUUGAAGGAAAUAUAAAACAUCCUUAUGACACAAUCAGGCAGUUUCCUUUUUCUGUUUGAAUUAUAUAUUUUUGAAUUAACUGAAUAUAAUUUAAAUUAUAUAAUUCUAUAUAUAGAAUUAUAGAUCUAAUCUUUGUUGAAAAGAAUUUCCUAAGCAUUUAAUACAUUUAGAAUAAUUUUAGCUUUUAAAAAGUACUAAUAUACAUUAAAUUUAUAGCAAAUGCAAAUUAUUUUAUGUAACUAAAUAACAAGCAGUUAUUGUUUGACAUUGUUUUGUGUUGAAACCCCUAUUUUGAAUUUACUCUGAGGCUUUACAUUUUUGUGUGUGUGCACAUAUGCAAAGGUAAAAGUAAUUGAGAAUCACUGCAUUUGGUUCACUUAAAAAUUUGGAGUUGCAAGUAAAGAAAAAUCUGCUAUUUUUAGGGCAGAUUCUGUUUUUUCCUUUUUAAGUCUGGGUAGACAUGGUUAACUAAUAGAUGCCAUUUAAAUUUGCCAUCUUCUAGAAAAUUACAAGAUUCACGUCUUCAAAAGACACAUUAAGAUGGCUUACAGUCUGCCGUCCAUAUUAAGAAUUAGAAGACUGUAAUGUUAUCUCCUCCAGAGGACUUUUUUACAGCUUUCCCUUUGCUGGAUUCUACCUGCUUGUUCAGUGGCCUGAAGAGUUCUUUAAAUGAACCACUACUUAGUAAUUAGUUAUGUGUAAUAUCUAUUUGUAAAAUUACCUGGUUGGAAAUAUGAAGAAUACAGUUUGUUUUAGAAAUACCAUGAAGCAAGGAUCCAAUCAGAGUGUUACAGGGUAAAGGUGGAGUUUUUAAAAGUCUUUAUUUAAAUGAUACAUUAUGAUAGUCAUUUUUGUUUUGAAUUACAACAGUGUUGCUCAGGAAAUCAGUAUUUUUCUUCCAAGUAUGUGCAUAUUGCACUGAUAGAUCAUAGAAAUAUCUGAAUGCUUUAAUUCUUUUUAUGUAUGCAAAACCUGUAAAUCUUUUGUAUAAUGUAUUUUAUACAAAUGCUAAAUGUAACUGUAGAACAUUAUGUUAGCAUGUGCAUCUGUAAAAUUGUCUUUUAAAACGUUUGCCCCUUAUUUUUCAAAUUUUAAAAGACCUGCAAAAUGUAAUAAAGUUUCUAUUUUAAUAUUCAACCUAAA